AUGUCGUCGCGACAAAACGACGCGCCCGGGCGCCCGGGAAACGCGAAGCCAUUCACGGUAUCGCUAUCCAAGAAGACCACCGAAAACAAGGCCCCCUUCAAGUCCCAACUACCUCCUCCCUCAAGGGGCCCAAAGGGCUUUCCAAACAAACGAUCAAACCGAAACUUAUACCGAGAUUUCUCCGACGAGGAAGAAGAGGAAGAACCUGCACACCAAGAGGUGGUUGGGUUCGAUAGCACAGCCGGUGGCGCAAUCAGCAAGCACGCUGCGGCAGAGGCAAAAGCGCCCCUUGUUAUCCAAGUGCAAAGCAAAAACAACUGGCGCGAUCGACCGGGUGUUAAUCGCAAGGGCAAGAAUUUACUUCCGCAGGAAGUUCAGGCUGCUGGCGCUGGUGCUGCGGUGGUGGAGACAGAAGGACCAAGUAUCUCUUAUGGACUCAGCCUUGCGCCUUCGCGAGAGGGCGAUAUAGAGCAUGUUGCCGAGGAAAGAAAAGAUGUCGAUAUGCCUGAUGCUGCCGACGACUCUACUACGCCUCAAAAACCAGAGCCUCUUGGGCAGGAUGAGCUCGCUUUACAGGCCCUGAUCAGCGAAAGCCAAGGGAACAAGGACCGUAAACGGUCGGACUUGGUGAUUGAGUCUUCCUCCAAAGGUGAAGGAAGAUACGACGAGACAAGUUCAUUCCGUACCGAUGUCGCAACGCGUCCUGACCAGGCCAGCCUUGAUGCCUACAAUGCAGUCCCCGUCGAGGAAUUUGGCGCUGCCCUGCUUCGGGGUAUGGGUUGGAAGGAUGGGCAAACUAUUGGUCGCGGGAGAUACGACGGCUCGAGUAGUACAGCAGCAGCGACCAAGACCUCUGUGCCUGAACGUCGACCGGGAUUCUUGGGUAUUGGAGCAAAGGAUAUCUCCGGCGGCAAAGGAGCAGAGACGGAAAUAGGAGCGUGGGGUAAAUCCGCCAUGCGCAAGGGCUCAAGGAAGGCUGGAGAUAAUAGCGGCAAUACGGAAGGUGUAUAUAUGCCAAUUGUCAUGAAGAACAAAUCGACAGGUGAACGUCUUACCGAGGAUGAAUUUAAGACACUUCAGCUAGACGCCAAAAACCAUGUGGCGCCGACAAACGGACGGGGAGAUCGAGAACGGAGGCAUAGGUAUGACGACGAGGGCGAGUCUAGCACUCGGGAUCGUCGUCGAGAACGCAGUAAGGAUUCGUCGUCGCGAAGACACCGAGACCGCAGUCGGUCAUCUGGGGCCUACGACCGGCGUAGUCGUCGAUAUGAUGAUGACAGAGGCAGCGAGAGAGAAAACCGGCGUUAUCGAGACCGGAGCGACCGAGACCGAAGUGACCGCGACUACAAGGAUCGGUCAAGUCGUAAAGAUGAUUACAAGUCUUCAAGACGAGAAAGAGAUUCUACUCGAGACGAUGAUCGAGACCGAGACCGAGAUAGACAUCCCCGCUCUGGUCGUGACCGCCGAGAUGGUGAUUCAGGAAGGGACCGCGAUAAAUACAAGGACUCCUCGAGGCGUCGCUAA